UUAACAGAAAAAAAUUGUUUUCAGUUUUUAUUCUAUAGGUUCAAGUUCUGAACCAGACGUUGACCUCUAGAACUUCCAAUAAAACAUUUUUUUCAAUUGAAUAUUAUUAGUUUCACGAAUCACUCAUCGGUCUAACCUUCAAAACAUUAGACUUCUUCAAGUUAAAAAACUCAUACAUACAUUAUAAUUUUUAAAUUACUAAGUACAAAAUAAUAUGGCUUCCAUGGGUAAAAAAUUGUUUGAACAACUCAAAAGUAAAGAAUUCCGUACUUAUUUAAUGAGUACUCAUUUUUGGGGUCCAAUAGCAAAUUGGGGUAUACCAAUAGCAGCACUAUCGGAUGUUAGAAAAGAUCCUGAAUUAAUUAGCGGUAAAAUGACUGGAGCGUUAUGCUUAUAUUCAAUGGCAUUCAUGAGAUUUGCGUGGAAAGUCCAACCACGUAAUAUGCUUUUGUUCGCUUGUCAUGCAACCAAUGAAGUAGCUCAAGUGAUCCAACUUUCAAGAUUCAUUAACUAUAAUUAUUUAUCCAACAAAAAAGAUAAAAGUAAUGAAUUAGCUUAAUUAUUCCAUUUUUUAUUUUUGUAUACGAGAGUACUAUAUAAUUUAAUUUUUAAAUCAAAAUUUCAAUGUGAUAGCUUUCUGUAACAUGCAUUUAUAGAAAUGCAUAUCAACUGUGACAUACUGACAUCCACUUGUCAUUAUUGUUAACAAAUGUUGACAAUAAAUGUAGAUCAUGUAUUCAUAUUAUUUGCUCAUUUUUGUACAAUGAGAUAUACUUGGCUGUUUAUACGAUUAUAAAUUGAACGUGUAUACUUUAAUUUUAAGUAUUUUUUCUUUAUAAUACCGUUAUUUAUUUUUAAUAAAUUAUAAUUGUAGCCUCUAA